AUCUGCCAUUAAUGAACAAAUAAUGUUGCCCAAACCCUUAGCCUCUCGUUCUCUUUUUUCUAUAAAGAAGAGAGUAAGUGGGAGAGCUUUCAGUUAAAGGUUAGCGUAAGGAAGUCUCUUUUGAUUCUUGAGCUCUUUUAUAAAAGGCACGCAUCCAUAACACUCUGCAGUUGCAUACCUAAACAAUGGAGCCAUGGAAAGAACUGAGAGGAAAAGUAGUGAUGGUGACAGGGGCGUCGUCAGGAAUUGGGCGUGAGUUCAGUCUCGACCUGGCGAAAUCUGGUUGCAGGAUCAUUGCUGCCGCUCGUCGUGUUGACAGACUGAAAUCACUCUGUGACGAGAUUAAUUCAGAGGGCCCCCGGCGUGCAAUUGCCGUCGAGCUUGAUGUCACCGCCAAUGGUGCUACCAUUGAGGCCGCUGUACAAAUAGCUUGGGAUGCCUUCGGACGCAUCGAUGCCUUGGUUAACAAUGCCGGCCUUAGAGGGAGUCUUGCUUAUGCUUCUUCGAAGAUGGCUCUUGACAUGGUCACUAAGAUGAUGGCCCUUGAAUUGGGAGUAUCACCCGGAGUCUUCAAAUCUGAGAUAACAGAGAGCCUUAUGGAAAAGGAUCGGAAUGGUUCAACAAAACCGUUCCUUAAUAGAUCCGGCUUUAACAUCAGUUGUGAGGUACUUCAGAAUAUAUAUCGGGCAAUGUUUUCAUUGUGGACGCAGGAACUACCUUACCAGGUGUCCCCAUUUUCUCAUCACUCUAGUCUCUACAACUAGCUAGAUGAGGACAUGAAGACAUUGAUCCAGAAAUAUGCAGUAUUACCAUGCGCACAAGAAAAAUGGACAUGUACGUACGUUGGAGGAAAAAGAAAUAUUGGUUCUGUCUCAUUGUAUUAAUUAUAUUUUUCAAUUCACCAAGUGAAAUGUGUCUUAAUUAAAACAGUUUAAAUACAUUCUUGUAUACAUAAAGAUUCUUGUUAGUUUUUUUUUUCUUUUUUCUUCAAGAAAUGUUGCUGUGGAAACAUGAGUUAUUUUUAGUCGGUAGGUGUCUUAAAUAAGGAUAAACUUUUGAUCGGU